UGACGUCUUUGUACAGCGCCGGAAGCAGGACGCUUAAGGCUCGGCAGGCUGAAGGGAGUCAUUUUCGUAGUGCAGCGGUGUGUCUGGGUUUUGUUGUUGUAGAGUCUGAUGUUAAGAGGAGAUAUUUUGCAUUUCGAAAAAGCUCGGUAAAACAUAAAGCAGCGCUAAUAUUUUUUACACGCAACGUCGACAUCGAAAGACCAGGCACUGUUUAGAAUUCUGACAAGAUGGAGUCUGCAAAUCAAGAUAUCAACCUCAACUCUCCCAAUAAAGGGCUUGUGUCGGACAGCUUGACAGACGUGCCAGUACAAGGUGCCACAGGUACCACAGUGCCUGUAGGCUUGACUGAAGAAGAGUCGGAGGAAUUAAAGAACGAGUUGACCAAGGUGGAGGAUGAGAUUGUCACCCUGCGCCAGGUGCUCGCUGCCAAAGAGAAAACCGCUUACGAACUCAAAAGAAAACUGGGACUCACUCCGCUGAACGAAUUGAAACAAAACUUCACCAAAGGCUGGCAAGAUGUUCAGACAUCCUCAGCCUAUGUGAAAACCAGCGAGAAACUCGGAGAGUGGAAUGAGAAAGUUACCGGUUCCGAUUUAUAUCUGUCAGCGAGUGCCACUUUGGAGGACUUAACCCAGUCAGAAGCAUACAAGAAGACUCAGGAAACACUGUCUCAGGCAGGCCAGAAGACCUCUGCUGCUCUCACCACUGUGGGCUCUGUUAUCACCAGGAAAUUUGGAGAUAUGAGAGCGCUUCCAUUCUCACAGUCAUUUAGUAGCAGUUACUCCAUUCGCCAGUCGAUAAGUAUGCCUGCAAUGAGGAACUCCCCAUCGUUCAAGUCAUUUGAAGACAGAGUUGGAACUAUCAAGUCCAAAGUUAUCGGUGGCAGAGAGAACGGGGAUGGCCUGCAGUCUCCCACUGAAAUGAAUCCUACUCAGGACGGAGCGCCAUUCUAGACUGGAUGUCUAGCGGCUGAGGACACACUCAAUCACUGAAGCCCUUUCACUUCACAUCUUCUCAACAGAGCAAGCCCCCAUCCCCCAACACUAAAGCAUGUGCAUAUAUAUGUUCAUUUGAUGAUGGAAUUUGCCAGAAAAAAACAUAGGCUAAUAACCAUUUUGUAUUGGAAAUAAUUUUACACAGCUUUGUAUAAUGUUUUUACAUAACCUUUACCAUUAAGCUGCCAUUUUUAUGUUGGGAGAGGGGCUUAAAAAAAAGAGUUAGAAAGGUAUUUAUCUCUGUUUUUUCUUUUUUACCUGAAAUACACGAGUUAACAAACAAACUCUAAUCCCUUUUUUUUUUUUUUACACUUAGUACUCUGUGAAGCAGCGCUUUGAUGUAUAAAGAGGUGAAUGUGAAAUCUGAUGCCUAAUAGCCUUAUAUCACUUUAUGCUUUAUCUGUUUAAUUAAGGGAGAGCAGGUAGCUUCUGGAUGAACGUAGUUGAAUUCUAAGCACUCUGGGUGGGUGGAUAGAUGAAUUUAUGGAUGGAGGGACAGAUUUUGGUAACCUAAAUAUGAAUGCAUGCUUUUAUGUCAUGUAAUUGAUAACAAACGUGUAGAGGAUCACAGUAGCUUGAAACUUGCUUUUUACCAGCUAAUCAGUAAACAUUACUAUACAAAUAUAUGUAGUGUUUGUUGAGGCAUAAGAAAGGCUGUUUAAAUCUAUAUGCUAGACCAACAUUUACUAAAAACCAAUGUGGCAUGCAGGCCCUGUGAACAGAUUAUAAUGCAGUUUAGAUGUUGUUUUUAAGGGCUGGAAUUUUUUUUUUUUUUUUUUGGCCAGUAUAUGUUUGCUGUCACUUUUAAAAAUAAAUAAAUAAAUAAAAAUGUAGAAAAUGUAAUGGGCAGAUGUGAAUAGUUUCUUUUCACUAGUGAUUUGUGCAAGUGUUUUUUUUUUUUUUUUUUUUUUUUAAAGGAUUUUCUUUUCUUUCUAAAUCUGUUAUAUUGUAUUUGUAGGUGAGAAUAGUUAAUUAGAUUGCCAUAAGUUCGAUUUUUAUAGUUCCAGUUUUUCAGCAUUAUGCAUUGCUGCAAAUUGUGUAAAAUCCAUAGUAUGCAGACUUUCCUCAUACAACUAACACUAAGCCAACAGAAUGUAAGGCAAGUUUCUUGCUUUUAUUAUUAGAGCUGCAAAUAAUAUUAGGCUGCAAAUAUAUAUAAGCGCGCUAAGGGUGAAAAUAAUUAUAUAUAUAUAUAUAUAUAUAUAUAUAUAUAUAUAUAUAUAUAUAUAUAUAUAGCCAUUAUAGGCACAAAUGAAAAAUCAGUUUGUGUGAGUACAAUUAGAAGACAAAGGGAUCCGUUACUAAGGUAUGGUGGGUGGUGAUGGAAUUAUCAUUCUCUUUUGGGUAUGUAUGUUUUAAAUGAUCAAUAAAGCAUUCCUUUAAAACA